CACUGUGGGGCAUUGGAUGAAUGUGUUCAAAAUACUUUGAUUUCAUCAAAGGAAAAAACGCAACGAAAUACCAUAUCCAUACCUUGGUACAUCAUAGAACAUUGGAGACUGAGUGAAUCUAGUACUAGAAUCGAACCAAGAAAGAGCUUAGACAAUCAUCAUGACUGUAUCCUCGGCAUAUCAAAAGAGUCCGAUGUCUUGGACCGAAAGACCCAUCCCGGGGCUGACGAUUACAACGGCCUUCGCAGUUUGGCUUGGAAUUACGACGGUGCUCGUUCCGGCUUUGAUUCAGAAUUCAUAUUACAGAACGGAGUCCGGAAAAUCCCCUCUUCUUCCACCCAUCACCAUUCUUGGGUGGUCGAUAAUGUUUUUCAACAACCUGAAUGUAUUGAUCGCCUUUUGCGAGAUUGCAUUAGGAAAUCACAUUGCAUUCAUCCAGAACCAUUACCAAAAACUGCUGAAGGAAUAUCGCGACGCGAAAACAGGAAAACCCAAGAAAGCAGAAUAUCUUGCGGGAUUUGCCUACCUGAACAUGCCCUUGUCGCUUCGAGACCUAUACGACGGGGGGCAAAAAUGGUCCCAGAUGUGGUCGACAUACAGUUUGUGGGAUCCAUCCUAUUCCAAUCCAGAGAGCUUCGGAUUUUUCAUUGACGUUGGAAAUGGUUGGUCGACGAUAGUGCCAUGCUGGACGUGGAAUUUUGCAAUUUUGUUUCCCCAUUAUUUUGCACGGAGUAACACCGAUGGAACGGCAGUCGUUCUUCUUGGAUUUAUUGGCGCUUGCUCGUAUUGGCAGGUCUUAUACGGUACAAUCAUAUACUUUUUGAGUUUCUUGUGGAACAAACGAUACCAGUACAAGCCAUUGGUGGAAGUACUUGGAUUUGUCGGUUUUGCGAACGGAAUCUGGUUCUUUUUUCCCAUCGCGUGUUUGUGGGCAAGUUACAAAUUAUUGCUCGAUCGAGAUCCGGUAUCUCUCUUCUGGUACUAGUAUCGUUAUGGGAUGGGCUACAAGCAAGAUUUGGGCUCUCAUAGUUAGACGAUUGAAGCGGAUCAAUCUACGGCACGUUACUUUAAAUUAAAGUUCUGACGAAAUAGAAACGAGCCUCUUUCCGAGGAACUCAUCAUCUAUACCAAAAACAAGUCCAUUUCGAGCUACUUCACUAUAAUUUACAGUGUAA